UUACUUCAGUUCGGUUCGGUUUGAUGUUUUUGUUACUCGAUUUAUAGUUUUAGUUUCACAGUCAUAGUCACAAUCAGAAUCAGACACGUAUUGCGGUAUUCAUUCUCUGUAUUCUUGCCCAAGUAAUUCGCCAAAUUCUUAGCUAAAACAAAGAAAUAAACCUUACAGUGUUCUCUCGUCUUCUGCCGCAAUGAGCUACUCCAACUUAUACUCCAGCACCGUUGACGGCUGUCAGCGAGUGAGUUAUUGCCGCAAUCCUUCGCUGGAUCGCUUCUGGGAGCGAGAACGGGGAGGUGAGUGCAGAAGUGCACGGGACAACGCGACCGGAGAUGGUUUGAUCAUAUGCAAAGACCUGAUCAUUGGCUGCAAGCCGGAAAGCACCGACGACUUUCGUCCCUUCAUCUUUGAGCCGACAUGGUGUGUGUACAUCAAGGCGCAGGACCGAGUCGACAUGGGUCACUAUGUGAAGCGUGUGACGUUCCGGAUGUCGCCGCGUUUACCUCUGCGUCUUCAUGUCGCCGACUCGUCGCCGUUCGAGAUCACCGAGGUGCUGAGCACCGAUUUUCCCCUCGAACUGCAGGUGGACUACAUCGAUAGCUCGAUGACCCCGACCACGUAUGUGUACAAGCCGAACGAUGUCUUUGAUGGCACAUACAAUGUGGAGCUGCGCAUGAAUUUCCAGGGACACCAGCGCAAGGAUAAAAUGUUCUUCAUGAGUCCCCCGCUCGCCAUGCAACUGAGUCUCAGCACUCUGGCGCCUCUCUCCGGCGUUGCCAAGCCCAAGUUCCUGACGGCGUCAGUCAAGAGCGUUUCUCUACCCAGAACGGAGAAGCAGGAACAACCGCAGCCACAACCGAUGGAGUCCAAUGCGACGGAGGAGGAAGAGGAGGAACUGACAGCGGGGCUUCCUCUGGCGUUGCCCUCGGUGCCGCGUCCCAUCUUCAAUGUGCGACGCGGUUCGCUCUUCGAACUCACGUCACAACAGUCGCAGCUGUAA